GGCAUUUCUCACCGUUGAACUAUCGGAAGAUGUUGCCUCACAUUACACAAUGUCUACAAUCUUUAUUUAAUUGGUGCCCCUUAUACCUCGCCCAUACUUCAAAACCCCCCUAGGAGAUCGUAACAACUAUCGAAUCUCAUUCCUUAGCCUAUUUGAUAUCAGUAGUUACCUACUGAUAAGCGGUGAACAAGCAUGCAAUGGAGAGAGGAUUUGGAAGCCACCAUCGCAAGAUGGCUCGCUUUGAUGACGAUGAGCGUUUGCCACAUGGCUUCAGUGUCAUUGGCUACAACGCGGAUACUAGUGAGUAUACCGCAGAAGACGAGGACGGUAGUUUGUGGGUCAGCCCACCCGGGACCAAGAAUGGUGAAUGGCAACGCAUCCGCGGGCCCACCAAAGCGCCUCCGGCCUCGGGCUCCCUGAGCCGGCCUCGGACUGCUAACAGUCAGGCCACCAGCUCUGACCCAACUCGCUUCUCAGCGUUCUUGGACCCGCAAGCCUUGGCUCUACCAACUGAGUCGAAGGCGACAAACAAGAGCAGCUUCCGGAGGAAGAUGGCAGAGGGUGCGAAGAAUGCCAUCAAGAGGGUGACUUCCUUGCGGAAGACGGACAAGAAGCCCAGUGAGGUCCUUCCUCCAAGGUCAGAACCGCGCCCCGGUUUUGAAGCUAUAAGGCUGCCACCUCAGGACGAAGGCUCCCAAAGGAAGGGCUAAGGUCCUAAGUCAUUUUUGUUAAUGACGAAAUCUCCUUUCUUACAAAAUUUUAAAAACUCUUAAAA